UCUCAUGAUUUAUCAUGAUUCUCAUGAUUUUUCACCCCAUCUCAUGAUCUCAUGAAUUUAUUGAAAAUCUCAUGAUUUUUCAAAUCUUCCUUCAAAAAAGAAUAAGAAAACCAAUAAUUUGUUGAAAACUUAAUUUUAAAACAAACAUACCUAUUUGCCCAUUAUAAUCAGCAUAUGCAACUUCCUUGUUAUAAUUUUAAGAGUUUCAGAAAAUGACCCAUCUAGCCUCUAUAUAAAUAAUGACAACUCAAAUGACAAUUGACAACAAAAGAGAAUGAAAAAGAAUCAAAUACAAACGCACACAAAGAAACCAAAAUAAAAACCAACGGUAAACAUUAAACAGUUAUUUUUUGUCUUGAACUCAAAAAUUUUCGGUGAGAAGAGAAUUCAAUAAGAAAUAAAAAUCUAUUUACUGCCUCAAAUUCAAGCUUUUAUUAAAUGAGUCAACAAUGGACAAAUUUCUUGUUAAAAAGAAUAAAAAAGUCACAGAAAUCCCAAUAUCUGGGAACGGUCAGCAAGGUCCGUCAAUCGCUUCAACAUCAAGGGCAAGCGAAAUUAAUGAAACAAGCGCUGCUGUUUCAUCUGUGUCACAACAUGAAAUUCAAGACGAUUGUGAAACUACCCCUCGAAAAAAACAGAAGUUGAGGUACGAACAAAUUUAUACCAAGAAGUGGGAAGAGCUUUCUUUUUGUAAGAACUGGAUUCAGCCUAGUGAGAAAGGUAUGAUUUAAAAUCCAUAUGCAUAUGUCAUAUAUGUAUAUAGUCUCCUGAAUGCAAGAACGAGCUUAGUUAUUUCUGCAAAUCAUAAAUCCAUUUUGGUUCAGCAUUUUACAUUAACAACUUUUUUUUUUAAUUAAUGGCCUUAACAUUAAUUACUACCUACAAUUGGUUUUGCUUUCGAAAUGCCUCAAAAUGAAAAAUUCAAAUUCGCAAUGAUGCAAAAAAAAAAACAAUAGACAUCAGCAAUAACAUUAUUUGGAAAUUAUAUUUAUAUUUAGGUGCCCGUUACAUAAAUUGUUGUUAUGAACAUUUUCUCUUAUUAUACCUAUAGGUAAAAGAUUCACAUACUGCAAGAUUUGUCGCACUGAUUUAAAGACAAGUAUGGGUGUAAAAAGCCUUGAACGUCACUCACAAUCAAAAAAACAUACAAGCUAUUCAAGAACCGUCGUGAAUCAAAGCGUCUUGGAGAAUGACAGAUUCAAAAUAUCUUUGAAGAGGAAGGUUGCCGAAGCUGAAAUAAAACUUUGUCUUUUUCUCGCUGAACAUAAUUUAGCAUUUAACCUGAUGGAACACUUGCCAUGUCUCAUAAAAACUAUUUGUAAUGACUCCGAAGUUUCGAAAAACAUCCACUGCAGCCGCACUAAAUCUACUGCGAUUAUAAAACACGUAACUGGUGCACAAAAUUUUGAAAACCUUUGUUCAUUAAUGAAAAUAAAUAAGUUCUCUAUUAUUAUUGAUGAGUCUACUGACAUAAGUUGCACAAAAUAUUUGUGUGUUGUUGUAAGAAUGUCUAAAAAUUUUAAGAUUCAAGAUUUCUUUUAUAGUCUAUUUACACUGGAGAAAGCUGAUGCUAAAUCAAUUUAUGAUAUUUUAGUCACUAGUUUCAAUAAAAACGAAAUUGAUUAUAAAUCCAAUUUAAUAGGUUUUGGUGCUGAUGGAGCUGCAGUGAUGAUGGGAGUGAACUCAUCAGUUCGCACUUAUUUACAAGCUGAUGUCCCAAACUUAUUUAUAAUGAAGUGUAUUUGUCACUCCUUUCAUCUCUGCGCUUCGUAUGCAUGUUCCAAUUUACCCUCAAGUAUUGAAGACUUAUGUCGAGAUGUUUAUAAUUAUAUUCAGAACAGUCCUAAGAGAAUUGCAGCAUUUAAAACUUUUCAAGCUUUUUUGGAGGUAAAGCCAAAUAAAAUUUUACAUUAUUCACAGACACGGUGGCUUUCGCGGUUAGAAGUAGUUAAUUGUAUUCUUGUGCAAUAUGAUGCCUUAAAAGCAUAUUUUAACGACGUAACAAAAAGUGACAACUUACUGUCAAGCAAAACUAUUCUAAACAUGCUCAAUGACCCUGUUCAUUAUAUGUAUUUAUGUUUUCUUAGUUUUGUGCUACCGUUUUUUACUAAACUUAACAAAUGCAUGCAAUCCGAAAAGCCCAAAAUUCAAGACAUGUAUAAGGAAGUGACUACAGCCUUGAAGUCACUGUUGAGUUGCUUUAUCAAAAAAAGUUAUAUCGACACUACAAAUAUUAAAAAUAUAGAUUAUAUAAACCCCAGAAAUCAACUUUCGUAUGGGGAUAUGUAUUACGGCGUAAAAGUAGCACUUUUUUUGGAAAAAUUUUCUAUUGACAAACAAAUUGUUCAAGGCUUUCAAUGCCGUUGUUUGUCCUUCUUAGUUGAAGGUACUAAGCAAAUAUAUUCCAGAUUCAACUUCAAGAACAGUGUCUUCGUAGAUAUGGAAUCUUUGUCAAUAACAAAUGUUGUAAACAAAAAUGUUCAGUCAAUUUUUCCUCUUAUUAAACAUUUUCCAAAUCUAGUGGCUGAAGAUUGUUAUCAAGAGAUAGAUAAUGAAUGGAGAAUGCUUGUGAACUCAAACAUUAAAACAAAUGACCAAUCAAUCGAAAACGAUAUUGAAGAAUUUUGGAAGUAUGUUGCCCAAAUCAAAAUGGCCGAUGAUAGCUUGGCAUAUCCACUCUUGUCUAAAUUUGUUUUUGAGGUAUUCUCACUGCCACAUUCUUCAGCCAACACUGAAAGAAUAUUUUCAAAAGUAACAUUACUCAAAACGAAAAUCAGGAACAGACUUGAAGAGGAUGCAAUAAUUGGACUUAUUCAUUCCAAUGACCUUACUAAAAAUCAAAGUUGUUUUGAUUUCAAAGUCACAAAACCAUUAAUCGACAAAUAUUUUAGUAAAGUUUAUAACCAAUAAUAAUGUACAUAUUAUGUAAUGUAUAUAAUAUUAUGUAAUUUAUUUAUAUUUUUCUCUAAAAUAUCACUAAAUGUAAUUUUAAAUUUAAUAAAAUGAAAUGAAAUCCCAUAAAUGUAUUUAUUUAUUUAAAUUUUCUGUGAUGAAUUAUAAGCUAAUAUUGAUUAUUAAGGGCCCAAUAAGGAAUAAGCAAUCUCAUGAUUUUUGUGACGAUCUCAUGAUAAAAAAUCA